AUGCAAGGUGGAAUUAGGAGGAAGAGAGACCUGUUACCUCGAUACAAAAAUGGUAGUGGUAAUAAGAGAAGAAAUGGAUACCUUACUACGCCGAUGAAGAAAAUAUUGAUCUACUCUUCAAUACUGCUGGGAUUCUUUCUAUUGUUCAGAUUUGCUUACUCUGAUCUAAAUAAGGAGAGUGAAUACGAAUUGGAUCAAGCGGCACCUUCAGCUGAAAGGUUGAAUGCCGCUGCUGCUGCUGCUGCCGUUGCGUCAUCUCAAGAUAAGGAAAAGGAAGAAAUGGAAAAAGUUGGUGCUUCAGGUGCCCAGUUCAACAAUGAGGUCGCAUUACAACAAGAGGUGAAAAACCUCGAAAAGGAAUAUAAACCUGACGGUGCCGCAGGUGCAGCGGCCCCUGCUGCUCCUGCCGCCCCUGCAGGUGCUGCAAAUGGUGCUGCAGGCGUUGGAGCCGCUGGCAUUCAAGGUGUGCCAGCAGUCGCGGAACAAAAAAAACCUGAAAAUCCAAUGAAGGCCCCUCAACAAUUGAUGCAACAACAACAACAGCCUCAAGCCGGUGUAGCGGGUGGUGCUGCUGCUCCUCCUGUUAAUGAACCCAUUGCUGGUGGCGCUGCUGCUGCUGUACCCAAAGGUGCUGCUGCCGGUGCUGCUGCCGGUGCUGCUGCUGCUGCUGCCGAUCCGGGAGCUAAAUUCCCAAGAAACGUCUGA